AGCUUCCUUAGUCUAGUGAAUUACUACCAAAGGUUUAUUAGGAACUACAGUAAGAUUAUAAUACCACUCACGGACCUUACUAAAAAGGAUCCCAAUGACAAAGUUAAGAAAAACCAACCUAUUAGAUAUAUAGGAAAGGCCCUUAAAGCUUUUAAAGCCCUUAAAAAGGCUAUCACUAAUGCACCAGUACUAUAA